AUGGAAGGGCAAGUGCAAUUUGUACGCGCCGGCGCUCGAUCGGCCCGUACGGUAUCAAAAGUAUAUUUAAAUCCUCGUGACAUGAAAUGCUAUAAUUUCGAAUCUGGCGUCUACGUGGUGCUUCACGCUUGUACUGAAAACGAAUCUUCUAAACUUUUAAUGUGCGGCAUGGCAUGGCCAAUGGAUAAAAUCAAGCGUCGAGGUGUCGGUCUGGAUUUUAUGUGGGAGGCAACAAUAGGCGAGCGACAAGCUAAAACAGUGAAUGUACAACUAUAUCUAGCUCGUAGUACUGUAGCCAAGAGUGUGGAACUGCAGUUGGUGUCCCGAGGGUCGAGCCACAAGCAAAAGCUGUCGGACAAGGAACGUACGCUGCUGACGCACUGCAUCGUAGCCAUGAUUGAUGGGGCGCUAGUACAUCAAGAUGCGCUUAUUUCAUUGCCUAUUCAUGGUGUAAACACUGUUUUUCGAAUUCAAAAAGUGGAUGGAGAGACGGAACACAAUGAAAGAAUUGUCAAGAUUGCUGCUUCCAAGACAGCGCUGACAGUGAUGUGGGACGAAAAACAAGCGGUAUUAACUAGAGAAAGUCUUACAAGUUCUACGAAGAAUACACACGACGGAUUUGCAGACAUUGGCGGAUUAAAAGAAGAACUGAAACUUAUUCGUGAAGUCAUCGAGCAACCGCUGAAAAAUCCAGAGAUUUUUGAAAGAUAUGGCAUGCCUACUCCAAAAGGAGUUUUACUGUACGGACCGCCUGGAACGGGCAAAACUUUAAUUGCAAGGGUCUUGGCAAAACAAUUAAAUGCACGAGUAUUCACGAUAAAUGGGCCAGAAGUUGUCAGUAAGUUUGUCGGUGAGAGCGAGGCAAAUUUAAGGGCCGUGUUUGCACAAGCCACUAGAGAGGCGCCGUCACUUGUGUUUAUCGAUGAAGUAGACGCCAUUUGUCCGAAACGUGAUUCACGCGUGGGUGAUAUGGAGCGUCGACUAGUGGCAACGUUACUCACUUUAAUGGACGGAUUAAGCGGAUCACGCCAGGUUGUGGUUUUGGCUGCUACAAAUAGACCCAAUGCUCUUGACCCUGCCGUCAGACGACCUGGAAGAUUUGAUAGAGAAGUCGAGAUUGGCAUUCCGAAAGCUAACGAUCGCUUGGAGAUUUUACGUGUGGCUCUAAGAAAGUUACCCCAUAAACUUACAAACUCAGAGCUGCAAGAGUUGAGCUCAAGUGCUCAUGGAUACGUUGGGGCUGAUCUUAGCGCUCUUUGCAAGGAGGCAGCACUUUUUGCGCUCCAUCGUGCAUUUGCGAGUGCUGCAAUAUCAACUGAAGCUGUUUUGUCAGAGGAUUGGUCUUUCCCAAGCUUCGAAGUGACAUUCAGUGAUUUGAAAGUAGCUAUGCGAAGCAUUCGACCUAGUGCUUUACGUGAAAUUUCUGUCGAAGUUCCUCGCGUUUUAUGGAGCGAUAUUGGUGGGCAAAGCACACUUAAGCAAGCUCUACGUGAGGCGGUGGAGUGGCCGCUUCAGCAUCCAGAGGCUUUCACACGUAUGGGUAUUCGACCUCCGAAAGGAGUGCUAUUAUAUGGUCCACCUGGCUGCAGUAAAACCUUGGCAGCGAAGGCGUUAGCGACAGAGAGUAGCAUGAACUUUAUUGCUAUCAAAGGCCCGGAACUUUUUAGCAAGUGGGUCGGCGAAUCCGAACAACAAGUGCGUGACGUUUUCCGUAAAGCUCGCGCAGCUUCACCAACUGUGGUCUUCUUUGAUGAAAUUGAUGCACUUGCUAGUACACGUGGAGCAAAUGGCAGCAGCGGUGCAUCGGACCGUGUCUUGAGUCAAUUACUAACGGAACUGGACGGUUUAGAGCCAUUAAAGCGCGUUUUGGUGGUAGCCGCAACAAAUCGCCCCGAUUUAUUGGAUCCGGCUUUAAUGCGACCAGGACGUAUUGAUCGUGCAUUGUACGUGUCUCCACCUGACAUUUCAGCUCGCGAGCAAAUCCUUGAGAUCCACACUCGUAAAAUACCACUAGCAUUAGACGUGAGCCUGAAAGAGUUGGCAAUUGCCACUGCCCGGUUUUCUGGUGCAGAACUUCAAGCUUUGUGUCGAGAAGCUGCUUUUAAAGCAAUUGAGGAAGACCAUGCCGCCGUUCAUGUUGCAAAAAGGCACUUUGUUCAUGCUUUGUCAAUUGUGACACCGCAGAUCGAUGACCAGAUGCUGGCCUUCUUCGAACACUUUCGUGACGGCAAGCAGGCAAAGUUUAGCAUUUAG